UAAGCAUCUAGUCUUACUCUUUGUACAUAUAUAUAUGUAGUGUAUCAGCAGUUGUUCUACACACAAUAAUACAAUAAUAAAAAUCAUAUUAUUCCUUUUUGACAUGGUACCAGAGCAGAGAUCUUAGGGUUUCUGUUCUGCUCCUUGCACCAACUCCUAUGGCCAUUGAAACCAUGACUGGAAUCGAUGAGGAAGUAGAGUCCAGUAGGAAUAACGACACAGAAAUUAAAGAUAUGAAAUCAAUUAUGGAAGACUUGACAUCAAGGAUGACACAAGUCUUGAAUCAAAACCAGACGCAGACCCACACAACAAACGACGACUCUUCCGCAGCGCAGAUCGGCAUCAAGUUGGAUGGCUCUAACUAUCCACUAUGGUCCCAAAUUGUUGAGAUGUAUAUCUCUGGCAAGGACAAGUUGGGGUAUAUCAAUGGAGAUCUCCCACAACCUUUAUUGACAGAUCCGGGUUUUCGGAAGUGGAGGACUGAAAACGCAAUUGUGAAGGGGUGGUUGAUCAACUCCAUGGACACAUCUCUGAUUGGCAAUUUCAUUCGAUUUCCAACGGCAAAAAUGGUAUGGGAUUCUAUAGCUAUAACUUAUUUUGAUGGUUCUGACACAUCUCAAGUAUAUGAUCUAAAAAGGCAGGUGACCAAAGUUAAUCAGGCUGGAGGAUCCAUAGAAAAAUAUUACAAUGAUCUUCAGCACUUAUGGAGAGAAAUUGAUUUUCGUCGUCCCAACCCAAUGGUGUGUCCGGUCGAUAUACAGAAGUAUAACUCUAUCAUACAAGAAGAUCGGGUGUAUGUCUUCCUUGAUGGAUUAGAUGACCGACUAGAUAAAAUUCGAAGUGAUGUACUUCAAUUACAACCAUUUCCUACUGUUGAACAAGCUUAUGCUCAUGUGAGAAGAGAAGACAUUAGACAGGCGGUAAUGAUAACAGGAGCAGAGAACAAUUCCGGUGUUGUCAUGGCCUCUAAAGGAGUUAAUAUUGGAAAGCAACCACUGCCUCCGCUUCAUAUGUCUCAUUCUCUUGAAGGUAGAAAGAAAAUUGCAGCCACUAAGACCAAGGCACCAUCAGAAGAUGGAGGAUGCACCCACUGUGGAAAAUCGAGACAUAUUCGGGAAAAUUGUUUCAAGUUACAUGGGUAUCCAGAAUGGUGGAACGAAUACAAGGCUAAGAAACAACAUGAAGCUACUACUAGUGGAGGGUCUGGUGGUCGAGCUGCAUUAAUGAAUUCAGAGCCUCAGUUAUCUUUCAUUUCAUCUAUAGAAUCUCAAAACACUGAAAAGAUACAUCAUGAACAAGGAUAUUCUCACCAAGGAGAUCAUUGGGCGUGGUACUAAGAGAGGGGGGUUAUAUUAUAUGGAUGAUUUCAGUUCUGGAAGAGCUAAUAAUAUGCAUCACACUACCGGUAUUAAGGAAAGACAAAUUUGGUUGUGGCAUCAUCGCUUGGGGCAUCCAUCUUUUGGUUAUAUGAAGCAUUUACUACCUGAUUUAUUUUCACAUGUACACGAUAUAGACCUAAAAUGUAAUACUUGUAUUUUAUCCAAG